AUGGUUGCAGGACUUGCCUGCAUGGCGUCGUGUCUUUUCCUUGUUAUCUUUUGUUCUCAUCACAGCCACCAAGCGCGUCUACUUAUGCAGAGCUUGAAGCUCUUCAAAGUGGAAGUGAAGGCCCCGCCAAGCUGCUGCGGAUCGACUCCUGCUUCCUACUCCUCAUCGCCCUCUUCUUCUGUGCAGAUGACGGACGGAGGCACCCAGCAGAUCAACAUGGUUGGCUUCACGGACAAGGGCAUGGGGUACAUCCAAUACCGGGGAUGGGGGCAUGGUGAGGAAGGCGAUGAGGAAGGCAGGAAGAAGACUCACCGAGUCAACCUCGCGCGCCUCCGACAUGAGCAACACCGGCAAGUGAGCAAGGAGCAGGUUGAUAAGAUCAACUCGCUCAAGCGGCGGGUGAGCAAGGACGACGGAGAGAUCACGAGCCUCAAGGGAGAGCUCUGGACCCUCUCGUCCAGUAUCCUCCCAAGAAUCGAAGAAGAAGUUUCGGAGCUCAGAAAGCAAGUGAAACAGAUCAAGAGGAAGUAA